AUGAACACAAACAGUGUCAUCAAUCCGGGUCAGGGUCUGCCCGUCGACCCCAACUCCAUCCCCGCCUCUCUUACCAAUGACCCCGAGGGCUUCAAGAAGUUCGACUCCUACCCCUGGGAGAAGGAUCGCCAGUUCCUUCAAGGUCUCAACGCCUCCCUAGGCCCCAUAAUCUCCAACCAGCACGACAUGUUCAUGCGGCAGAAGGCGCUGAGCAUCACGCUGCAGUCGCGCAUCUGGUGGUACAAGUCGCACUUUGGCUGUCAGAUCGACCGCAUCAAAUAUGAGGCGUGGACGCUGAACCAUCCAGAGACCAACCCAGACCACAAGAUCCUCAAGAAGCUGGACGAGAUCCGCAAGAUCAUGGGCCUGCCACCUGCUGUGCCCGUUCCGGACCCCGAUGUGACAAAGAAUAUCCCUGAAUGGCAGCUCAAUGCGCCCAAGUGUGAUCUCAGCAAGAAGGCCGAAGAUGUCGGGGGCCGUAGCACCGAGGGCGGUGCGCCGUAUCCGGAGGACUUUCAGGCUCUGGUUGAGGCAGUGACGCAGGGGAAGCCAAUCCCAGGGAUUCGAGAGAUUCCGAACAAAGUUGUUCGUCCUCCGGGCAUCUCCCCCUAUGGCAAGGCACCCGCUCCUCCCAAGCCGUGGGAGAAGAACCGCGCGGGUGAGAACACUCAAAAGGAGUGGGCUCUCCAGGGUGUCUGCGACAAGGAGUUCCCUCCCCUUGAGGAGGACAACUCCAAUGACACUACCGAGAAAAAGGACGAGUAG